AUGGACUCUGUGUCCCGAUCCCACCGGGCUCAGCAAGGGCAAGGUGCACUCGCACCCUCUCCUCACAGCACAGCAACAACAGCAGCAUCCCUGGCUUCGUCGUUCUCGUCGUCCUCGUCAGGAUCAGCCGCAAAUCAGAAACAGCAGCAGCAGCAGCAGCAGCAGCAGCAGCACCCGCUUGUUUCCUUCACUCACAAUCGUGUUGGAGGCGGUUCGGUGGCGCACAACAGCAGCCCAACCCCACCGCUCUCUCCACUUGAUCUGCCCCAGCAAAGCCAGCAGCAGCAGCAUCCACAACAGCUGCAAGAGCUUGGCCAUUUCAUGAUUUGCACAACCAUGCGCCAAUCCAAUGAAGCACAGCAGCAACAGCGCCACCACAAGGUCCUAGCGUCUCCUCUUGCUACGCAUCCGCGGCUGUCGUCUGCCUCGUCUCCGCCAGGUACACACUACUACCUGUCGCCCGAGCAAGCAGAGCAGCAGCACCAGCAACACAGGCAACGACAACACCAACACCAGCAUCCGCUUGGGCCCUUGUCUGCCGGUACGGACAGCACCUUCUUCACCGACGACACAGGCACAACGCCCGUCUGCUCGCCACCACAACAGCAACAGAAGCAGCAGCAGCAGCAGCAGCAGCAGCAGCAGCAGCAGCAGCAGCAGCAGCAGCAGCAACAGCAACAGCAACAGCAACAGCAGCAAGUGGUGGCUGCCACGUCGCCGUCAUCGUCCUUCGCCUCCCAGCGCUCGCCGGAGGCAGGGGACACCCCACUCCUCACCAUGCCGCAGACACACCCGAGCAUGCGCGCCCAAGCCUCGCCUGCUGCGAGCGAACUGCAGCAAACAGUCGCCAGCCACGGGCCCCACCAACACGGCGGUGGCGGUACUGGUGGAAGAGGCCAGCAACACACCAGCAGCGCCGGUGGUGGCCACGGUGCCUACCCAGGCGGCAGCGGCUCUGGCAGCGGCGGUGGCCACGGUGGUGGUCAUCACGGUGGCACUGGCGCUGGCAGCAGCGGUGCUGGCAGCGGUGGCGGUGGUGGCGGCGGCCACAAGCGCAACAGCAACGGCGACAGCGACGACGGUGGCGAUGGUCGCCAUCCGCGCAGACACCCGCACGUCAGCAGCCAGCAGUACGGCAGCGAUGACGACGACGAUGACGAUGCUGACGGUGACGCCGACCUUGAUACUGAUGGCGCCCGUGGGAGAAGCGCCCACAACGCCACCACCAGCGCCGCCCGUGUUCGCGGUGGCGGCCCCGGGCCCAGCAGCAACAACGACGAACAAGAUGACGCCAGCUACAGAAGCGACAGCGUGGACGGCGGCGGCGAGCACUUCGCAGCGCCCAUGCCUCAUCCCCGCAACCAGGGGGACGAUGGCCAGGUGCACCCGCAGCUGUACAUGUACAACACCAUCCCCGUCACCGCUGCCACGCCCGUGCAACACCAGAGCCCAAGCCCGCGUAAGCAGGUGCGGGGCUCGGGAAUGGGCAGGAAGAAGGCAGGCCCCAAGCGCGGUCGUGGGCCAGCGAGGGCGCCAGGCCAUGCGGCUGCACGUGGCGGUGCCCCCAAACGCGUCAACAACCCCAGGAAUCGCCGGCGGAGCAAGAGCAUUGACGUCAACGCCGACGAAGCCCGCGCAACUAUGAGCGCCAAGCAGAAGAAGAAGGAGAAGCGGGUGCCGUGCCCUCUCUGUGGGCGGUACUUUGUCAACCCUUUCUCCCGCAAGCGCCACCAGCAGUCAGUGCACGAGAACAAGACCAACACGCAGGUCUGCCGCGAGUGCAACAAGGCCUACAGCAACCCCGGCAACCGCAACAAGCACGAGCGCGAUGCCCACAACUGCACGCCGUGUGCAAAGUGCCAAGGCGCCCUUCCCCGCAACAGCCAGAAGCCGUUUGCCCCGGUGCACUGGCGCGUGUGCGCCUGCAACGGCCCCGCGGCGGACUUGCUUACAUCACGCCAGCCAACACCACCACCACCACCGCAGCCGCCACACCUGCAACCGCAGCAGCAGCCGCAGCAGCAGCCCCUGCCACUGCAGCCUGACUGCCUUGUUCCGCUGCCCCUCGUGCACCAAGACAUGGCGCACCCCUUUCAGUUCUUCCAACAGCAGCAACAACAGGCAGAACAAAGGCGCCAAAGCGUUGAGCGAUUCUUUCAGCAGCAGCAACAGCAACAGCAACAGCAACAGCAACGACUGCAACACAUGCAGCAGCUGCAGGAACAUAUCCAACAACAACAACAACAGCAGCAGCAGCAGCAGUCGCAAUCGCAGUCGCCGGGAACGACGCGGAGCAGUGUCGACUUGCACCCAGAUGCUGUUGUGAACGCGGUGUUCCCAAACACGGGCAUGACAGCCCCGGUUGCCAUUGCCAACACCAAUCACGAUUCGCCGACAGGGCCAGGCCAAGCGGACUUUGGUAACCCAAGCGCCCUGGCAGCAACCAAGCCAGCAGUGGUGACUUCUGCCCCAGCAACACAAACCGCGCCAGCACAAGCACCCACGGGAGCGCACAUCAUGCAAAUGCUGCAAACAUCUGCCUCUGUCGCUGUGCCCUUUGGCGGCCAGCAACAUCAACAUCAGCACAAUUACCACCAAGGCAGCAGCAGCAACAACAGCAGCAGCAGGAACACUGGUACUGGGGGUGGUGGUCACAGUGCAAUGCACGCGUUUUAUGCACUGCUGGCCCAGGCACAGCAAGCACAACAAGCACAACAAGCGCAACAAGCACACACGUAUGCACAGCAACAAUCGUUCGCACCCAGUCACAGCUCUGGCCCUGUUGUUGUGCCAGACAUGCUGCGACAACUUCACGCUACCCUGGACGCUCAUCAGUUGUCGGCACACCUUCAGCAGCAGCAGCAGCAGCAGCAGCAGCAGCAAGCUCAGUAUGAGCCACAGGAACAGCAGCAGCAGGAUGCAGCAGCAUCGCUCGUGAAUUCCUUUGCAGGACCGUGUUUCCCCGCCAGGCCGCAGGCGUCAUCAUCUGCACAGCCAACGUUUCUACUGCCACACCAGCAGCAGCCCCAGUCGCACUUUGCCCAGCAUCCGAGCCAACAGCUGGUGUUUGCUCAACAACAGCCGCAACAGCAGCAGCAGCAAGAGCAGGCCUCGUUUGCGUCGCAGGUACCGCUGACCAACCCCCCGCCGGCCCUGCCAGCUCAGCAGUAUCCACCACAAUCAUUGCAGCAGCAACAACAGUACCAGCAGCCCCAGCCGCAAUUUGCGCCAGUGCCGGACGAGAGCAACGCGGUCUUUCCAGCGCAGACAGGCACUCAGCUUGAGGCAGCCAGCAUAACCCCUGCCAUGCAGCAGCAGCAGCAGCAGCAGCAGCAACAACAGCAGCCGAUUGGUUCCGCGGAGCAAAUGGAUGCACCGCUUGCUGCCAUCACUUCCAGCCACGCAAACGCGCUCUUGAGUGGACUUCCAAGCAGCCUGGACAUCAGCAUCGACCCACUGGCGGCAGAACUUGUGGACAACCGCUUCGCUCUUCAAUCCGCAGCCAUCGUCAUCUCCUGCACCGGAGACGAUGCGAGACACCAGGAUGAGACAACAAGAUGA